CUUAAACAUAGCCCUAGACACCUAUGGGAUCAAUGAGCAUGACUUCAUGAGUGUAUAUACAUUGUUGACAUGAGUAGCCGAUGCAUACAUAGUUUAGCUCUUUGCUUGCAUAGAUUUGUCAUUUUAGCUAACAAUUCACAAAUUACGCCCCGAUUAACUUUGAAUCAAGAGCAGCUCGUAGAGAAAGUGCUACAAAUUUUCAAUUUCCAUUGCAAGUGAGGAGGUAAACGCCGGCGCUCAUAUUCAAGCACAUUGCAUUCCAUCCAAAUCCCACUCUCUCGCGUUCGUAUUUUUCAUCCCCAUCCGAAGCAAUCGCUAUGUGUUCAUUUCUCUCUCUUUACCCAUUCUUCGUGAGCGAACUUAUACGCUGUUAGGGUCCUUGGGGGUUUUAGAUUUUCUCUGCUUUCAAAAGCGUUUAAUCUAUCUGCUAUUAUCUGCCAUUGUCGCUUUCAUUUUAGGGAUUCUGUACUUGCUCGUUGCCAUUCGCUUCAUCGAAUUAAUGUGUAAUUGAAAGCAUACGGCCGCAGUUUUCGCCUGGGGUUUUUUGAUUUCAGCAUGUCAGCUGCUUCGAGGGGUAGAGUUACCAUUACACUCGGCCGUAGCGGACAGGUAGUAAAAAAGGCUGGACCAGGAACUGAUGUUUCUGUUUCUGAUUCUUUGCUCGUUUCUGGAACUAAGAGAUCUGUGAGAGAUAGAUUGGGAAAUAGCCCUGAUAGUGAUCUGUUUUAUGGAAGCCAACUUAAUAACAAACGAUCACGAGGAGAUGGUAUGUCAAAUUGGAGUUCUAAUGGGUUGGGUGUAUCACACAUUGGUAAAGAUGACCUUCGGUAUAAACUCUUGCAAAAAGAUGCAUCUAGACGUGCUCAAAGUGACAACACGAGAUGCUUAGACCUUCGGGAGAAGCUACCUAAGGCAGAUCAAACUCCUAUUCGACAUCUUGAUUCACGGCGUCGAGAUCCACCAUUGCAUAAUACUAAUAUCGUACGCCGAACCCUUUUAACAAGAGCAGUAGAUGAUUUACCUCAGGACUCGUUAGGAAGUUCUUAUUCCACGUGGACCAUGGAAAAUUUGAGACAACGAUCACCUGCUAGAAUUGUAGAACCUUCAAGGCGCUACUCUCUACAAAGAGAUGAUGAGAAACUACAGAGAAGACCAACAAACCUUUCAUUUGAGAACCCAAGAUCAGUGAGCUCUGUAGCCAAAGAUGUUCUCAAUGCUUCAGGUUCUGUCAGUACUGCAACUUUUAGGACUAAUUCUCUAUUGCUUCCUACGUCUGCAAAGCCUGUGGCGCCUAUUGUUCCACGACAUCUUCCGCCAAGUGGCAUUGCGCACAAAACUCCCUAUCCGGGUGACGAACUUCAAAGCAUAGAUGGGUUCUUGCAGUCUCUAGGAUUGGGAAAAUUUUCCAUUCUUUUUAAGGCCGAGGAAGUUGAUAUGACUGCCUUGAAGCAAAUGGGGGAGAAUGACCUCAAAGAGCUUGGAAUACCUAUGGGACCUAGAAAGAAAAUUCUUCUUGCAAUUGCUCCACAUUCCGAGCGACAACCUUGACGACGAUAGAGCACCUCUUGCAUCGGCUGGUUUAGUUCCGCCCCUUAUAUCUCAAAGACCCGAGACUCGAUAUGUAUGUUCUUUAGAUGUUUAGUGCUAAGUGAGUGGUUUUUGGAUCUGUCCUAUCUUUGUUCUAAUAUUGUUGGGGGGUAUAACUUUUGUUUUUCACUCCCCAUCAUAAACAUUGUUGCGAAGUCAAAACUCACUAAACAUGUUUGUUUACUACAAUCGAUAGUCUCUGUUCGCAUUCGUAGAUGAUAAAGCCUGGUUUAGCGAUGUUCGAGAGAGAUUUGUAUAUUUCCAAAUGCUUAAUUUCCUCAGUCUCUUCAAUUUUAGCAAGGAUUCAGGUAGCCUGAUGGGAGCAAAGACUUGGGAUCAUUGGGUCUUUGCAGAAGAAGAUUGUGGCCAUGGUUUGGAUCAUCGCCAAUAUCUCAUGCACAGGAUUUGUUGUUUUAAUCUUUCUUUUGCCUAAUAGGUUAUGUGAUUUCAUGUGCUUUUAUCAACUGUUUUGGGCUUAUAAAAAGCACUCUUCCCUUCCCUA